GAGAGAGAGAGAAAAAAAGCAAGAAUAAUUGUUAUUUUGCUUGUGGGUUCGUUGAUUUCCAAAAAAAAAGAAAAACGUAAUAAAUUUCUUGCCCCCAUUGAUGGAACGAUGAUGCGCGCAGAGAGAGAUCCUGGGCUGAAUCGGAACUGCGCUGGUCUCACAAGCGGCAUGCCAGAGGCCACUCGGCAUUAUGGCUAGUAGCGGCUCGGCCAAGUCGGCGAGCAGUAGCAGUGGCGGCGGCGUCGGGGGCUCCGGCUCCGGCGGCUCCGGCUCCCAGCAGCGGCGGAGACUGGCUUUCGUCUGCGACAUGUGCAAGAGCAAGAUGCAACUGGUGGCCGACCUGCUCCUGCUGUCCAGCGACAACCGGCCGGUGCACAGCGACAGCCUGGCUCAGGUCCCCGGCGGGUCCUUCGACAAGAUCCGCGACACGGUGAUCGCCCGGACCAAGGGGCUCUCCAUCCUCACCCACGACGUGCAGAGCCAGCUCAACAUGGGCAAGUACGGCGAGGUGGCCGACAGCCUGGCCGAGCUGUGCGAGCUGGUGGUGGCCCUGGUCGAGUGCUCGGCCCACGCCGCCUACCUGGCGGCGGCCGAGGCCCCCGGCUCGCAGGCGGCGGUGGCCGGCCUGGUGGACCGCUACCGGCUGAGCCGGGCCCGGCACGAGGUGGAGCAGAGCUGCAGCCUGCUGCGGACGGCGCCGGUGGCCGAGCUGAGCCCGCCGCUGCUGCUGGAGGUGUCCCGCAGCAUCUCCCGCGGCCUCCGCAGCCUGACCGACGCCUGCGUGCUGGCCUCGGAGAGCAGCCGCGACCGCUUCGCCAAGGAGCAGUUCAAGCUCAGCGUCAAGUGCAUGAGCUCCAGCGCCACGGCGCUGCUGGCCUGCGUGCGGGAGCUCAAGGCCCGGCCGGGCGAGGCCACCCGCGCCCGCUGCGUCCUCUUCGGGGCCCCGCUGCUGCAGUCGGUCCACGCCCUGGUGGGCUUCGCCACCGAGCCGCAGUUCCUGGGCCGGGCGGCCUCGGUCAGCCCCGAGGGCCGGGCCGUGCAGACGGCCGUGCUGGGUGGGGCCAUGAGCGUGGUGUCGGCCUGUGUCCUCCUCACCCAGUGCCUCCGGGACAUCGCGCUGCACUCGGACAGCAGCAAGGUGCCCGACUACCGGCAGCGCCUUCACCACUCCGCCCUGGCCGUGUCGGACGGCUGCAACCUGCUGUCCCAGGCACUGCGGGACAGGUCCUCCCCCAGGACUCUGCCGCCACUCAAUUCUGUGAAUUAACCCCAACCCAACCCAAACCCCCCCCCCC